UGUGGAGUUAGCUCUUUGGGGUCUCUUCUAUUCUUUCUCCCCGCGGGGGACGAAUAGCUUGGUUCUUCCUAUGAUUGCCAGAGGAUCUCGGUCCGACCCGACUAAAGAAUGAGGAUGGCUCCAAUCGGGAUCUAGCAGCGGCAGUAGCAGCAGCAGCGGCGGCGGCAAGCGGCUAAUCAUUCAGCAGGAGAAAACUUUGGUGGCUCUCGCAAAGAUGGCAGCGCUCCAGCUGUGGUUGCUUUCUUUAGGCGGAUCAUGCACAUGUACAGCUUGGCAGGAAGAUUGAUGAGCUUUUCUCCCGCUGUUCUUGGCUGCCGAGGAGGAGGAUCAUCGCCUGGUAGCUCGGGUUUCUGGCCGCUAGUAAGUGGAUCGCUCGCAGGCAGGGAAUUCUCAAUGCCCUCUAGCAGGAACCGCGUAGCAAGGAUCAGGGAGGAGGAAGAUUGGCUGUGGCAUUCGCAGCAAGAUCUGGGACAGGAAUCACAGGGAAAGAGGCUGGAAAGGAAUGACUUUCGGCGGCAAAUCCUCACCACUGCCACCACCAUCGCUGAGUUAUAGCAGGACAAUUCUCUUCGUGUUCUUCCUCGAGUUCUUGAGCUCGGCGAAGAUGGUUCUCGGACUGGGCGGUAUGUGUUCUAUCGCUGCCUCGUACGGGGAGGACGAUCCAUUGUUUUGCGCGGUCGAGGCGACGUUCGAGCAGCAAGUGUUUUGCUGGGGGAGGAAUGAGAGCUUGGAGUGGCCAUCGACGGGUCCGGCGAUGCUGGGUCUCUCGGGUGGAAUGGGAUUUAUGUGUGGGAUCGCGGCCGGGAGCCAGCGUCCCUUUUGCUGGCGGAAGAACCUCACGUCGAUCAACAUCGUCCCCGAGCAGUUCCAGAACACGAGCUACGAUUCCAUCGCCGCUGGCGACGGCCAUGUCUGCGCUGCUCGCUCCCAGGACGCGCUGGUGGACUGCUGGAACGGGGACGACAGCCUUAACGUGCCGCGCGGCGUGACGCUGCGGUCCCUGGUCGCGGGGCGGAGGUUUGUUUGCGGUAUAGAGACCGGCGAUGGCGGUACCGCGCGGUGCUGGGGCGAUGCCAGCCUUGCUGCCACGGCUCCGCCUGGUGACGUGGAGUUUGAGUCGCUGUCUGCCGGCGGCGAGCACGCGUGUGGGAUUGUGAGGAAGUCGAGGGAGAUUCGGUGCUGGGGGGACAACCGGCUUGGUCAGACGGAUGCACCGCGCGGUAUACCUUUCGUGGUUCUCAGCCUGGGAUUGAAUCAUGGGUGUGCCGUGCGGCAGGACACGCACGGCGUUAUGUGCUGGGGGCGGGGGUUUAAUGCGUCGGCGGCGCCAGACCGGACGGAGUUCUUGGCGCUGGCCUCGUCGCGCGUCGUGACGUGCGGUGUACGGGAGGAUAAUUUGCUCGUGGUGUGCUGGGGGAAUGGCACGGAGUUCGCGCCGCCGCUGCAGCUGUCGAGCCCCGGAGUGUGUACCGCUGCGCCGUGCGGUGCGGGAGAGUUUAGCUUUAACGCGUCCAGCCUGGGCGUGGUUACCGCGGGCUUGUGCUCGAGCAGCACACAGCAGGUGUGCGCGCCGUGCGCGAGCGACUGCUCGAAUGGAUCGUUCGUGUCGGCACCCUGUGGCGCGAAUGACAACCGGCGGUGCACUGAUUGCUCGCUGUGCGAGACGAAGUUGUGCCGCGGGCUGUGCCACUUGUCGCCGUUGCCAGUGGCGCCCGAGAUCAGCGCUGUUGGGGUGGAAGAGCGGCGCCACCGUGCGGUAAGCCUAGCGGCGGUACUGGGUGCCGCCAUCUCUGGCGGCGUCGUGGUGGCGGUGAUUGGGCUGUUGGCUUGGUGCUGCUUGCAGCGGCGGAGAGGGAGAUGGUGGCGGAACAGCGGCAGCGGGAGAUCGGGGGACGGCGCCUACGGCCACCAAAACGGCGGCACCGGCACCGGCACCUCCGGCGGCAUGCAGCUGCAGUCGGUUGGCUCCGGCGGCAUACCGUGCGUCAAACCGCCCGAGGCCUUGCGGUACCGGCUGUCCGAGCUCCGCGACGCCACAGGCAACUUCAAGGAGGUGAACGAGCUGGGCCGCGGGAGCUAUGGCUUCGUGUACAAGGCGGUCUUGGGCGACGGGCAGCUGGUGGCGGUGAAGCGCGCGAAUGCGGCGCAGAGGAUUCACGGCAGCAGCCGGGAUUUCGACGCGGAGCUUGAGAUCUUGUGCAAGCUCCGCCACGCCAACAUUGUCAACCUGGUGGGCUACUGCGGGGAGAUGGGCGAGCGGCUCCUCAUGUACGAGUUUAUGCCGCACGGUACGCUGCGCGACCACCUCCACGGCGGGCUCUCACCGCUGGGGUGGGGACUGAGGCUUCGCGUCGCCGCGCAGGCCGCCAGGGGCCUGGAAUUCCUCCACAAGGAGGACGUCAUCCACAGGGAUGUAAAGUCUGCGAAUAUUCUCCUGGACGCGGAGUGGUCGGCCCGCGUCGCCCCGCCGGACGCGGGGUACCGCGAUACGGAAUAUUCCACCGCGCCGCGGAUGACUGCCGCGGGUGAUGUGUACGGCUUCGGGGUGGUGCUGCUGGAGCUGCUGUCCGGCAGGAAGGCGUACGACUGCGAGUUUGAGCCGGCAGGGGUGGCGGAGUGGGCUGGGCCGUUGAUUAGGACGGGGCGGUGGGCGGAGGUGGUGGAUCGGGCGGUGGAGGGGCCCCGGAAUGUGGAGCCGGUGGCGAGGCUGGCGGAGAUAGCGGAGAAGUGCGUGAGGGUGAGGGCGGAGGAGCGGCCGCCAAUGGGCCAAGUUGCGGUGUGGUUGGAGCAAAUAGCUCAAGGGAGUGGAUCUUUGUAAAGACCAGAAAAAAGAAAAGUAUUGACAGUAAUUUUUUCAUUUUUUUAUUUCUUGGAUUUGUUGGACGGCUGAAAAGGAAAAUUUUCUGGCUGUUCUAGAGAAAAUAAUAAUACAAUGUUCACGUGAA